AUGGGCUUCGGACGAUUCUUUUUAUUCGGUGUUGCUAUAGUGGUGGCUCUUGUAGCUUUGGCGUGGCCGCAGCUCGAACAUCUUCUCAUAAACAGUGGUUACAGCUGUCCAUAUCCCUUUUCGAUGCUUAUUACCGGAAAUGGCACCGAGAACGAAGCAGCAGUCGAGACAAAGGGGCUGCCUAAAUACACUCUGGACCAGCUACGAAUGUACGAUGGCUCCGAUGAGAAGGCUCCAAUUCUACUUGCUGUCGGCGGCAAGGUAUUGGACGUAACAUCGGGCGCCAAGUUCUACGGUAAAGGCAAUACGUACAAUCUCUUUGCCGGAACGGCUUGCACGCGUGCUCUGGCUCUUGGUUCGCUUGAAAUCGAGGAUAUCAGCGACGAUACCUCGGAUUUCGACGAAAGCAAACUGAAAGAGCUGGCUGAAACCAAACAAUUUUACUACGAGAAGUACCCUAUCGUUGGAGAAUUGGUCUAA